GGUUUAACCAAUAAAUAUAAAUUAAUAUAAAAAGAUGGGCUAGAGUUGUGCAUCUUGUUAGAAUAAAUAAGAAAUUGCUGGUGGUUAUGAUGGUAUGGAACAAAAAGAUUAAUUUGCAGAAGAAGACCUAGAUGACAGUUAAGAAUUUGAUGCUAGUAUUACUUUAUUUUAGUAAAGAAAGUCCCCCUUCUACAUAUUAAUGUAAAACGAUGGAAGCAGAUAUUCUAUAAUAUUAAAAAUUAAUCUCGAAAGUAAAGGAAGAGGAAUAUAUUGUGGAGUAAAAAGAUUAAUAAUUGAUAUUCGAUGACAAAUCCAGAUAUUUUGGAAGUAUAUAAAAUGGAAAAGCAAAUGGAUUUGGAAAGUUAUGGUUAGAAAAUGGAGACUAUUAUUAAGGUGAUUUUGUUGAGAAUAUGAUGGAAGGGAAUGGAACUUUUAAUUACUUGAAAGGUCCAAUAUAUGAAGGGCAAUUUAAGUCCAAUAAACCAGAUGGUUAUGGUAUAGAAACUUGGCCUGAUGGAUCAGUUUAUGAAGGAGAAUUCUAAAGAGGUAGAAAACAUGGGAAGGGUUGUUAUAAGUGGCAUUAAGGAUGUGUUUAUAAUGGAGAAUGGAAGGAUAAUAUGAUACAUGGCAUAGGAAAAUACGAAUGGCCUGAUGGAAGGGUAUGGUAUCGUAAAUAUUGCAGUCUUAUUCUGGAAGUUGGGUAAAAAAUUAAAUGCACGGUCGAGGAAAAUAUAUUUGGAAAGAUGGAAAAUGUUAUGAUGGGGAGUAUUAGUAUGAUAAAAAAUGUGGUUUUGGCGUAUUUUAUUGGCCUGAUGGAAAGUAGUUCUAAGGUCAAUGGCUUAGUGGAAAAUAGCAUGGCAAAGGAUUAAUGAUAGGAAAAGAUGGUAAGAAAAAAAUAGGAUCUUGGUUGGAAGGCAAAUUGAUGAGUUCAAUAGAGGAUGACAAUUUUUAAAUUAUACCAGAAGGUUGGAUUUAAUAAUAAUAAUGA